UUUUUGGUAUAGAACACAGAGCUCAAAAUCCACAUUGGUGUUUUUGUUUUAAAAGCAUGAUGGAAGAUUUCAGAUCCAAAUCAUGCGGUGAUGGAAGGAUGCAAAUAGGCAAUUACUAUGGUUCAAAAACAACAACAGGAGGACCCAGCCUCAAUGGUAAUGGAAUGCAAGAUCUCAGGUGUUAUAGUGCAAGUUAUGCUUCUUCAGUGCCGCCGCCUCCACAAAUUCAACAACCCCAAAACAAUGAUGCCAAGUUCAAGAAAGGCAAAUCAACAAAUGGGUCUUCUUCAAGAAGUUGGACUUUUAAUGAUCCAGAAUUGCAGAGGAAGAAGCGGGUUGCUAGCUAUAAGGUUUACGCAGUUGAAGGCAAAGUUAAAGGGUCUUUCAAGAAGAGUUUUAGGUGGAUUAAGGACAGGUGUUCUAGAGUCGUCUAUGGUUGGUGGUGAUUUCUUUCUUUUUAUUUUUUUAUGUUUUAUGUUGUUAUAUUUGUGCUUUGUUUUAUAUAAUCUCUGAAUAUGUUUAGGAGUAUUAGCUUGUCUUUAUGAAUUGGGAAUGGCUUCUGUUGAUCAAUAACAGUGAUCUUAUCAUGCUUUCUAUAUUCAGAGCUUUAUUGAUUC